UUUUUUUUUAUCUUACUGUUGAAUCAAAAUGGGUAAAAGAAAGACAAAGAGAAAGCCUCAAAAGAAGCUUAAAGAAAAACUCGAUACACAGUUUAAUUGUCUAUUUUGUAAUCACGAAAAUAGUAUCGAAUGUAAAAUUGACCAUCAAAAUAAAGUUGGAAUAUUAAGUUGCAAAAUUUGUGGUGUUAGCUGGCAGGAUACGAUUACUUAUUUGGAUGAGCCUAUCGAUGUUUACUCUGCAUGGAUUGAUGCUUGUGAAGAAUUAAAUAAACAAAGAAAAGUGCGUGCUCAACAACAGCGAAUGGAAACUACUAACAGUCAAAGAUCACCGCCUCCUAGAAGUAAUGUCCAUUCUGAAGACCAUCUUGAUCCAUUUGAUGACGAUGAUGAGGAGGAUUAUUGAAAAUAAAGAAAUAUGUAUUAUAAUUGCGUACUGAAAAGUGAAUAAAAUGUUUUGACUUCUUUUUUUAAUAAUAAUAAAAAGCUUCUUGUUUUUGUCUUA